AUGGUUUGGAUAACAGAAGCACAACCAACAACAACAGCAGCAGCAACAGUAGCAUCAACAACAACAACAACAACAGCAGCAGCAGCAGUGGGGUCAACAACCAAUUCAAUAAGUUUAUCAAGUUUAAAUUCUAUUGAUGGAAAUAGUAUUGGUUCAGCAUUAUUAGCAUCAACUGCUUUACCACUUACACAAAUAGCAUUUGCAACAUCUGCAACAUCUGCAACAGCAGCUCAAUCUGGUUCAAUAUUAGCAUCUACAGCAUCAUUUUCAGGAGCAUUAGAGAAAUCAUUACAAUUUGGGUUCGCAGAGGUAACAAGAAGAGUUGUAACUCAGGUUGCAAAGAAUGGUAUUAAACGUGUAUCAACUAUAGCUUUAGCAUUGGUGGUAACAAAAUCAUCAAUGGGUGGAAACCUAUUAUCAUCAUCAACAGCACCAGUACCAACAUCCAAUCUUUUAUCAAUUGCUUCAACACCUUACUCUGCAGUAUUUUUCUCAAUUAAUCAUAAUGAUCGUAUCUUUACAAUUGAUAAUCAAUUCAAUGAAACUGUAACAUGUAUUGAUAAUAAUAAUUUUAGUUUCAAUUUCAACAAAUCAAUCACUUGUCAAAUUGAUGCUAAUAAUAAUGGUAUUAAAUGUAAUACAACCAACUUUGUAACUGAAAUUAAUUGUGGUGUUCGUUCAAAAUCUGCAUUGACUAUAAAUUCUCUAUUUCAACAGUUUCAAAAGUUUCAAGUUCAUUAA